UGCUGCCAGAGCGGCCGUCGGCACGGCCAGGCCAGCAUGGUGGACCACUUGGUUCCAGUAGAUGAGACCUUCUCGUCUCCAAAACGCCCCGUGGGCUACCUGGGCGAGAGGCUGGCCGGCCGGCGGGGGUACCACGUGCUGCCCUCGCCUGCCUCUGAAGAUGACAGCGACGCCUCCAGCCCCUGCUCCUGUGCCAGCCCCGAUUCGCACGCCUGCUGCUCCUGCUACAGAGGAAGGCCGGGCACCAAGGGCCAGGACAGCAUCUUGGACUUCCUGUUGUCCCACGCCACACUGGGCAGUGGCGGUGGCGGCGGGAGCAUUGGGGACAGCAGUAGCCCCGUGACGUGGGGGCCCUGGCGGAGAGCUCCAGUGCCCACGAAGGGGGAACAUUUCUGUUUCUCUGACUUCCCUCUGGGUGACCCUGAUGACGUCCCCCGGCCCUUCCAGCCCACCCUGGAGGAGAUCGAGGAGUUCCUGGAGGAGAACAUGGAGCCGAAGGCCAGGGAGGCCCCAGAGAGCAGCAAAGACUUCGAAGCCUGUGGCCAAGAGCUGGCCGGGCCCCACAGGAGCCACCUACACCCAGGGUCUGCAGGGAGAGAACGCGGUACCCCUCCCCCAGAUGGCACCGGCGUGGGCAGUGCCCAGGGCCCAGGGGAGGGACCGGCACCCGACGGUCCCAUUCCAGUACUGCUACAGAUCCAGCCAGUAGCCGUGAAGCAGGAGGCGGGCGCAGACCCCGCUUCCCCCGGGCAGGCCCCCGAGAACGUCAAGGUGGCCCAGCUCCUGGUCAGCAUCCAGGGGCAGACCUUCGCGCUUGUGCCCCAGGUGGUGCCCUCCUCCAGCUUGAGCCUGCCCUCGAAGUUCGUGCGCAUCGCUCCGGUGCCCAUCGCCGCCAAACCCAUUGGGUCGGGACCCCUGGGACCCGGCCCCGCCGGUCUCCUCGUGGGCCAGAAGUUCACCAAGAACCCAGCAGCAGAACUCAUCAAAAUGCACAAAUGUACUUUCCCCGGCUGCAGCAAGAUGUACACGAAGAGCAGCCAUCUGAAGGCUCACCUGCGGCGGCACACUGGCGAGAAGCCUUUUGCCUGCACCUGGCCGGGCUGCGGCUGGAGGUUCUCUCGCUCCGACGAGCUGUCGCGGCACCGGCGCUCGCACUCCGGCGUGAAGCCGUAUCAGUGCCCCGUGUGCGAGAAGAAGUUCGCGCGGAGCGACCACCUGUCCAAGCACGUGAAGGUGCACCGCUUCCCGCGCAGCAGCCGCACCGUGCGCACCCUCAACUGAGCUGCCCGCCGCCUCCUGCGG